GGGCGCUUACGGAGGGGAGGCUGCCCAACUGUGUGACGACAGCCCUGGCGGGGGCAGCCCGUGCUGAUUGGGCGCACGAUUUGAAGCCUCCUCCUAUAUCUCCCCCCCCGCGCCAGCACUCAGGCUGCACUCGCCCACAGACGCGGCCCGACAGCCGAGACACACGCACGCACACACUCACCCUGCCACGACCACACCGUCACCAUUAUCAACAACACCACCACCAACUAAUAUACGCAGCAGCGGCAGUCGCGGCUCACGCAGGCUCCUUGCCCCGGUUAUGCAGCGAGCGCGCAGCUUCUCGGCGCUCUGAAAAAACGUGGGUGCGCGCCGCGUCUCGGCGCCACCGCUACGGAGAGUUCAAAGCUCACCCCGCCACUCAAAUUGUUGUUCGCCGCCCUCUGCGUGUCGUUGAAUUGUCGCUGUGGUGGUAGUGGUGGUAGAGGAGGUAACGGCGGCGGCGUCGGCUGUUGAUCAUCUGUUUCUCUGUUUAUUUUUGCGCCAAACUCUGCCACCAUUUCUUUCGCUGCGCUGCCCGCCCACCCGUUCGCGUUGGAUCCGUCGGCGUACUGCGAGCCUCCGGUGUACAACCCGGAGCUCUGCCCCAACAUGAUCGCGGCGCAGGCCAAGCUCGUGUACCAGCUCAACAAGUACUACACGGAGCGAUGUCAGGCUAGGAAGGCGGCCAUCGCCAAGACCAUCCGCGAAGUGUGCAAGGUGGUGUCCGACGUUCUCAAGGAGGUGGAGGUGCAGGAGCCGCGCUUCAUCAGCAGCCUGAGCGAGAUCGAUGGCCGCUUCGAGGGCCUCGAGGUCAUCUCGCCCACGGAGUUCGAGGUGGUGCUCUACCUCAACCAAAUGGGCGUCUUCAACUUCGUGGACGACGGCUCGCUGCCCGGCUGCGCCGUCCUCAAGCUGAGCGACGGGCGCAAGCGCAGCAUGUCGCUGUGGGUGGAGUUCAUCACGGCGUCGGGCUACCUGUCGGCGCGCAAGAUCCGCUCGCGCUUCCAGACGCUCGUGGCGCAGGCGGUGGACAAGUGCAGCUAUCGCGACGUGGUGAAGAUGGUGGCGGACACGAGCGAGGUGAAACUGCGCAUCCGGGAGCGCUACGUCGUGCAGAUCACGCCCGCGUUCAAGUGCGCGGGCAUCUGGCCUCGCAGCGCGGCGCACUGGCCCCUGCCGCACAUCCCCUGGCCCGGGCCAAACCGCGUGGCCGAGGUGAAGGCGGAAGGCUUCAACCUGCUCUCCAAGGAGUGCUAUGCGCUGGCCGGCAAGCAGAGCUCGGCCGAGAGCGACGCCUGGGUGCUGCAGUUCGCCGAGGCCGAGAAUCGCCUCUUGCUCGGCGGCUGCCGCAAGAAAUGCCUCUCCGUGCUCAAGGCGCUGCGCGACCGGCACCUCGAGCUGCCGGGCACGCCGCUCAACAACUACCACAUGAAGACCCUGCUGAUGUACGAGUGCGAGAAGCACCCGCGCGAGUCGGACUGGGACGAGUGCACGCUGGGCGACCGCCUCAACGGCAUCCUGCUGCAGCUCAUAUCGUGCCUGCAGUGCCGUCGCUGCCCGCACUACUUUCUGCCGAACCUCGACCUGUUCCAGGGGAAACCACACUCGGCGCUGGAGAACGCGGCCAAGCAGACGUGGCGCCUCGCACGCGAAAUCCUCACCAACACCAAGAGCCUAGACAAACUCUGAGCGUUGCUGGCGAUCGCGCGUGAGUGUCGUCAUCCAUUUGAUUUCCCUUUUCUGUUUCGUUGUUUGUUUGUUUGUGUUGGUUUGUUUUGAUCGCGUCAGUGUUUUUGAAAGACGGCGGCGAUGGGCGGGUGUGGGUGGGUGGGUUGGGUAUGUUUGGCAAACAAAAACUAAAACAAAAGUCGGAUCGGUGGCAAGACGUUAAGUCACCCACGAUUAUAUAUAUACAGUGAGAUUAUAUAUAAUGACCGCAGUUGCCGGGGCGAAUAUGGAAUAAUAUCGCAAUUUUCUUUUGGCCCACGGCUCAUUGGCAAACGCAAUAUACUUAUAAUCAAACGUUUAAAAAAAAAAUCGACAGACAUCAUCGACCGUGAUGUCAAAUAAACGGUGACACUGGAACCGAUGAAGGAAGGCGAUUCCAGCAAAACGGCGACAGAGAUAGCAACAGGGUCCGGUUUGACAUCGAAUUCUGAUCGAGUUUGGAGACUCCCCCCACCCCCUGCACCGACACAUUAUCUCGCUAACCGCAGUGUAGCGUGAGAUCAACAUUCAAACCUUAAGGGGGGGGGGGUCGUUGGGGUCGUCGGCCUACCCACGAUACUUUUAUGAGUUUGGGGGGCAAGGGAGGGGGGGUAGGAGAAAGGCAUCGGAGUUGUGCAGUAAUUAUACAUAGACCGUGUCCUCUGGAUAUACCUAUGAUUUUAGUCACUCCAAGUUUACAUCAGAGGCGCUCCAGCCAAGGCGCGCAUUGCAUAGUGGGAAGUUUUUUUGUUGUUGUAAGAUAUUAUAUUAUAAAUAUAUAUGAGAAAAAGCAACAUUCCAUUCGUUUGUUUCCACCGCAACCUCACUGGAUGCCCCAUUUGUUGUGAACACUUUUGGCUCCCUCCACCCUAACCCGUGUAAAUAUUACUUGAAUCGAAUAUUAAUUUAAGUGGGACGUUCACGUUAAACAGAAUUGGCAUUGUAUGUAAUGGUUUUGUUUAUUAUUAUAUAUUUUUUUCUCUCUCUCUCUCUCUCUCUCCGUUUUGGUACAAUAUGCCACAAGUAUAGCGUGAAUAAAGGAAGCACUUGAAAAGCA